AUGCAUGAUGAACCAGAAAAGAAGAAGAAAGGGUUGAAACUAACCAGAAAAUCGACUCGAAAAAUCAUUGGAAAAUGGCGGAAACUGAGUGCAGAAGAAGGCGAUUUCUCAAUGACCGAAUCAAUUGAAAUAGAUGACGUGGCAACUGUCAAGCGAGUUUUAGGAUUACAAUUGAAAGAGUCCGUCACAGUGGACCCAUCGUUAGACGGAAUUCCACUUCCUUCCUUUUUUCGAUAUGCACUCGAUUUUGUAGAGGAAAACGGGUUAUGCACUGAAGGAAUCUAUCGGUUAUCUCCUCCGAAAAGUAGGUUGGAUGAGCUGGAGAGGAGAGCCAAUUGUGGGGAGCCAAUGGUUUUUAAUGAGCCACAUGAAGCGGCGGGCUUGAUUAAGAGAUUCCUCCGUCAAAUCCCCGAAACCGUCGUCCCACCGGAACUCGAUGCGAUCGCAGACUCUUGCGAAUGUGGUCUUGCCUCGACUCACCAACUGACACCUAAACUAAUUUGUACGUGUGGAGCAGUUCGUCAUAUGAGGGAUGCGUUGAAUAAGUUGGCGAUCGAAAGGAGAACUCUGUUCAUUUAUGUUUUUCUACAUGCACAACAUGUUAUGGCGCAGGAAAAAGAGAAUAAAAUGGGUCUGCAAGCACUGGGUCUCCUACUCCAGACGGUUCUAGAAAUGUCCCGAAGAAUGGUCUGCUUCUCGGCGCAUGCAAUACGCCCGUGUGAUGGAAUACCGGUACAUGGGGCGUGCUAUUUGGUUGAUGAGGACACAAGAAUCAUUAAGUAA